UCAUGUUUUUCUGCACACACCCUGUAUAUAGAACCAGCAUGAUGCGAGCUUCAUCGUUUCACUUGUACUACGUGUCGCAUACAAUACCGCAUACAUUCACUGUACACUAUCAAAGCACCUGUGAUGUUUUCGUACACUUUGUUGAAAAUCCCGCCACAUAACUUUUGAGGCAAUCAGAUAGUUUUCAUUCUCCCCCAAAUAGAUGAGCACUUUUAGAACAGGCCAAUUAGUCGCUGGACCCAUUAUAUAGUAUUUCACGAUGUUACUUCGGUUUUAAAAUUUGCAUAUUGAAGAAUUGCUAGUAAUUACUUUUGCACCAAUCACUUAAUCUGUCACACAUCGAGAACUGUGUGCUGGAUACUGUUGUCAAUUUUCACGUAAUUUUCACUGUUGUCAAGUGUCACGUAUGAUAGUCACUGCCAUAUUGGCGAAACUCACAAGAAAUGGAGCUGCAGGCGCCCUUUUGGACAGCCACCAAGUUCCAACUCCCGCUCAGUUAGUGAAGAAGUUGUCAAUUUUUGGAUGACCAGGAAGUAAAGUUCACUGUAGUAUACAAUAAUAAUAAUCUGUAAGCAAAGUACUUUGCUUAGUUACUCUUUCCAUUGUCAACAAUGAGUCAAACGUAGAAGCCACAUACUUUGUAAACCUAGAUGAUGGAUAUCAUGUACGACUGUCUUAUGUUUGUCAUCAGUAGUAAACACCAUUGUAGUGUGGUAUUUCAUGUACAUUUAGACGUUCAACUAUGCAUUCUUGCUUAGAUGACUACAGCAUUGUGUGAAACUGUGUAUUUUUUGUAUUUCACAUGGGUUCAUACUUGUGUUCUGCUGUUGUAGUGACUGCUUCCGGAGUACUGCAUAGCAAAGCAAGAAGCGUUACAAAAGAAUAACGCAGUGUCCGCAGUUGUUGCAGGACAGCUGUAAAACCACGCCGUCCGAAAUGGUGCUCGGACAUUUGCAAAUGCCUUGGUAAUAGUGUGUAGCCGUACGGAACUUCCUUUCCAUCAGGUGUGGAUGUUUUCACAGGCAGUUGUUUUGAGUUACUCAAACUGCAUGUUUACAAAUGUAGGCCGGCACGAAAGGGUUGAUUACUGCCGCAGUACACAACAUUCCUACUAAGUAAGUACCACAUAAGUAGUCUCAGUUGGUGCACAAAGUUAUAUUCAAACAGUUCUAGAUUUCUAUAUCCAAAAGAUUUCUUGAUAGUGUUUCUAGAAAAUAUGUUAUUUAGAUGGCUGACCUAGUAAGAGACACAUAAUUUCCAGCACUCUUUGAGUGUAGGCAGACAUAUCUGCACAGGAAUGAAAUACUUCCACGUGUGACUGAAAAAUAUUGCAGUUUGUCGUCGUGCAGCAAUCAACCAACAUCCUAUGUUAUGUCCUAGCUACCUGGGUGCAGUGGCAGAUCCAAAAAGGAGGGGGAGGGCGAUCGCCCCCACAAACGCUAGGUUACACAUUAGUUUUCCCCUCCCCAGUUACGCGCUUCAACAAAGAACACCCCGAAGCCAAGGGUCUGGAUCCACCACUGUCUGGGUGCCUUCGAAAAUAUCCAAACUAGGACAGUGUCCUUGCUACUUGUCUUCUUACGUGCCUUGUGUCCUCUUCUUAGGUUCAGUUAGAUGUGAAGCACAUGUGUCCUGGAUGUGUUGCGGCAAAGUGCUGAUUCCUGGCCCCUACUUGUGAUGGAAACUUCGAUGCGCAGAGGAAUGAAGGAUGCCAUUAUACAAGUUCUUUCUUUUCUUAGAUGCAAGGAUGGCUGAAGGCAGUCUAGUUUUUGUCAAAGAAGAACCUGUUGAUGCUGAAUUUCCCGAUUCACAAGGUGGCCACAGAAACGAUGAGGAACAUCAAAUGGGGCCCCGAACUCUCUUUGCUGCAGCCAUGUCCAUUGGGAAACACUCACAAAGUCACUCUGUCUCAGUUCCUGUGUCGGAGACAAUAGUCCGCACAAUACACGCUGCAGUUGCUGAUGAUCCCAUCUGUGUCAAGGAAGAACCGGAAGACACCAGCCUGUCUGCUUUGUCAGACUACCAUGGGUGCAAUGAGGAAUUCAUCACAGAUGACUAUCCAGAAAUGGAUGCAAGCGACUCCAUCCACAUUAAGCGAGAGCCUCAAGACACCACAAGUUUAUUUGUCCUGCCAGGAGAGUAUGGGAACAGGGAAGAACCCAUGACUGACAACUGUACUGUUAUUGCCACGAAGGCAAAAUGGAACUCCCUGCAUUCGGCAUUUGCCCGGAAGCAGCGCAAGGAUGAAGCAAAGAGGUCUGGUGGCGGACAGCCAUAUGUGUCGUCAAGGGCUCAUUUUAAGAGAGUGGGGUGCACAUUGGCUGGGAACCCAAGGGGCACGAGUUACUGGAGCCUUGAUGUGGAUACCCUGCAGGAAUAUGACGCUUUGACACCGACGCCUGCUGUCCAGCCUUCCCAAGCACUGUCUCAAAGGGAGAAGCAAGCUAAUGCUCGUACCGCGCAUAACAAAAGUCUACAAGAGAUCCUGCAACGGGGCACGUCACAAGAAGAAUUUGUUCCGAAGAGACUCCUUGAGGAAAGCCAAGAGGAAGCUGCGAAGCUCAGGGAGGAGCUCGAGGAAACAAAAAGGCAACUGCAGCGCCAGCGGGACAUCUGUGACCGCUUGCAGGACACUCUCCUGGACAAAAUAGAUGCUGUGUUUCAAGCACAGCGCAACUGCACGUGCAACGGUGCCAGAGCAGAUGCAUCAGUGCAGCCUGCCACCUUUGCUAAUCUUCGAACUGCAUUGAGGUGCAUUAGCAGUGAUUGCAUGUAUAAUGAGGAGCAGCAGCAACAGCACUCAGGAGUUCAUCUCACACCGGAGCAUCCAGCUGCCUCAAGGAUUGAAGAGACCAGUGUCUCAGAGGAUGCAGUGGCGGGGCAUCAAAGUGCAGCUUCCCCAGGUAAUUGUUUGGACUGGGGUGGAGCUACGACUGUCAUGGCUGAAGCGCAGUGUGCCCAGGUCAGAGGAGCAGACGCUGCGGUGGUGGACCCUCCGAGUACACCUGCACUGGCUGUCACCGUGGGCACCACAGGUCUCUCAGCUCAAGCGCAGAGGGACCUUGAAAAUGGGGAACAAAUCCCCAGUGAAAAACUGGCGCAUGCAAUGGGGAGUACCUCGGACUCGAUAUUUGUGCGUCAAAUUGCGCGGGCUCUCUGGACACCAGAGGAACUCAGGGGCCGCAGUGUGACUGGCAGACCAUGCCAGCGGUUCCUGAAACAGGGUGUGAGCGGGAAGCGGGCUCUGACCCCAAAGAAGCUGGCAGCACUGAAGAGUUGCUUUCGAGAGUAUGCUGCCAGAAAGCCCUGCAGGAAAGGCAGAAGUCUGACAGAGCGAAUUGAUUCAGUUAAUAGCUACUUGGCCGAUUUCCUAAAAAAGAUGUGCAAGAAUAAGAAGAAUUACAUCGAAGGGUUCCCUCUGCAUGACCUGUGAAACUUCAGAUGCCAGUCCUUAUGUUUUGCCAAGAAACGGUGAAGAUGGUGAUGGUGUUUCCCGGCACCCAGUAGGAAAAUAUGCGAAAUACACGUGCCAGUUCAAGCUCGCUGUGGUCCAGCAUGCAGAAGGAAAUGGGAACCGU